AGCAUCACGGCGAGGCUGUUCAACGUUCUGAGUGACAACUCGCGCAAUCUUUUAUUGGUUUACUGUAUAGGGCCUUGGUUCCGGCGCUACUGUCCCCAAGAACAUAGGGUUCCAGUAUGCGGGGUAGCGGGCCCUUGCACCUUUAGCGACAAUCGACCUUUCAGAAGCCUCAAGGCGGAGGUGGGGCCGUUCUUGUACACUCGAGCCCGUGUUCACCCGUCUUCAUCACGGUCAAUCUUACAGGACAAGAGCUCACAUGUCGCCGAUCACUCAGCCAUUUUGGUUCUUUCUCUAGGCUACUCUACACACCGUGAACCACAACUUCAUCGUCCUAACAGUUGGUCUUGAGCUUGGUACAUGGGUACUGCCGCGGAGCGUGUUGAGCGUACGUAGCUCCGGCACUUUGGAUGCUCACGUAAAGGCUGCUGGCCACCCGACACCAUGAAGCGGCCACGACACUUUCUAGUAGCGACUCUCCUCCUUUUGGGACUCGUGUACUUCUUCACGCAGUAUGAGUCUAUGUCACUAAGCGUCGGUCCGGCUAACUCACAUACCGGUCCAUCAACAAACACUCAACAUACACAUGACUUGCCAAAACAGCACUCAAGUCACGAGGGCGAUAAGUCUUCACCAGUACCACUAUUGAAAGAUGUCACAGUAUCGGGGAAGCUCCCGCCAACAUCUAGUUUACUGCCAUCGAAAAGUAUACUGAAUCUACCGACCUCGAGUGAGACACCACUGCCGGCUAUUGAGAGCACUAGCACACCACCCACCUCAUUCAUCGAUUUCGACUUUCAGAAGGAUCUCACCCUCAACCUGCCCGUCAACACUUUUACCAGUCUGAGCAAACAAGCGCCACACAACUAUAACCCCAAUGGACCCAAAUCAUACGUCUAUGCCACCUUCUUUGCAUCCCGAAACCCCUCAAUCGAGGACCCCUACUUUCUCGCCAUCAAUUCCCUAAUUUACCGCAUCCUCUGGUCCCCACGCUCCAAGACCUCCAAACACCCCUUUGUUGUCUUCGUCGGCGACUUCGUCUCCUCGCAACAACGCCUUCUCCUAGCAGGCGCAGGCGCCAUCGUCCGCGAACUCGCCCCCUUACCCUGGAACCCAACCGACCUGGGCGUGCUCGACCGGUGGAAAGAUCUCUUCGCGAAACUGCACAUGUGGAACGAGACAGAGUUUGACCGCAUUUUAUUUCUCGACGCAGAUGCGCUGCCCAUAGCACCUAUAGAUGAUAUGUUCUCACUCAAAAAAGUGCGGAACUGCAUCGAGUCGAAGAUGCAACUCGACGACUUCCUGCCCGGCGGUGAGCUGGUGUGCGAGCCGUAUAUUUUCGCCGGCGUGCCGCAUGAUCCGUACUCGAUCUUCGACGCUGAUAUCAAUGUGGGGAGUAUGGUGUUCACACCCAACUCCAAGCAGCAUCAACGCUUACUGCAGAACUAUCUCAAGUUUGAUAAGUACGAUGUCAAGAUGGCGGAGCAGGCGUUUCUCAACUGGCAGUUUGGGAUCAAUUCGGCGUAUCCGCCAGGCAUGCUGGAGAGGGAGUAUGGUGCGUUUUUCCCGGAUGAGAAAGGCGAAAAGGGGAUGAAGGUUGUGCAUGAGAAGAUUUGGGCAGCACAGAGAGGGGUUUGGAAAGAGGAGUGGGAUAACAGUUGGAAAGAGAUGUUGCAGUUCUAUGGGAGCGAAGAGUUUGAAACGGUAAGAAGGGCAGACGGAGAGAGUGCAAGCUGAUCGACUGCAAUCGUGCUAUAGACCAGAAGACUUUGGUACACAUACAACAAGAGCGAUCAAGUCCCUUUCAAUUGACGAUGACAAAUGGUAUGUUUGACACGCCAGU